AUGGACGACCUGAGCUUGAACGUCCAGCGCUACCGGCCCGAGGAACUUGACAAGCUGGCUCGCAACACCAAGUUUUCGAGAAAGGAAAUCCAGCUCAUCUAUCGAGGAUUCAAACAGGUGAGGAAAAUCGAGUGAUGGUGAGUCGAUAGUGAAAUUGUGAUGGUUGUGGAUGAGUGGUGGUGGUGCGGUAAUGACGCCACCCACUACGCCCACUACGUGUUCAAGACAUUCACGCAGAACACGCAGGGCCAGAUCAGCUUCGAGGACUUCCUCGCGGCCCUCUCCACGGUGUCACGAGGCACGACGCAGGAGAAGCUUCAGUGGAUCUUCGGCCUCUACGACGUCAACAACGACGGCCUCAUCACCAAAGCGGAGAUGGUGGACGUCGUGAGCGCCAUCUACGAGAUGAUGGGCCGAUCCACCGAGCCGCAGGUGGAGGAGACGUCCGCCAAGGAGCAUGUGGAGAAGAUCUUUCAUCUGAUCGACAGGAACCAGGACGGCGCCAUCACCCUGGAGGAGUUGGCCGAGUGGGUGUCUCGGGACGAAACCAUCGUGCAGAGCCUCAGCAUGAUGGACACGGUGCUCUACACGAGGCGGGAGCGCGGCGCCGAUCCCACAAAAAAAAGAACACAGGAACCCACAAGAACCUCUAGGAACCCACGAAAGAACACAGGAACCUCUAGGAACCGAGAUUCUGUGGCUUGUGAUGGCCGAGAUACAGGCCGUGCCCUUCCGAAUACGCCCUUCAAGUUCCACAUAAAACGACAGGUUUCCAAAAAGAUCGGUUCGUCUUAUAAUCACGAAAGCUCGGUAUCUCUAAUAUGUUGCUCCCCAGGCGACUCCAGAACCCUUGGAGAAGGAGAUACACGCAAGGAGCCUGGGUACUCGCAAGGACUUUGGGUAUUCUUAAGGGCCUUGGAUAUUCGCAAAGACCUUGGGUACUCACAAGGACCUUGCAUACUCCCAUGGUCCCUGGAUACUCGCAAGGACCCUUAG